AUGGCUUUGAUGGACCAGGCACAAAAGCAACACCAUGUUCUAAUGGUUGCAUUCGCAUCUCAAGGCCACAUGAACCCCAUGCUCAGGCUAGGCAUGAAGCUAUUCUCCAAGGGCAUCAUUGUCAAGCUCGCCACAACCGAAAUAGCACGCCACCGAAUGCUAAAAUACUCCUCGGCCGCUGCAGAUUCCACCUCUGGGAUUGAGCUUCUCUACUACUCGGACGGCCUCAGCAUUGACUUCGACCGGAGGACUCACCUCGAUCGUUACAUGGAGUCCUUAGCCAAGUUUGGGCCCCCUAAUCUCUCGAACCUGAUCAAACAACAUUACGGGAACCCCGGAAGCGCCGACCUUUUGUGCAUUGUUGCAAACCCUUUCGUCCCCUGGGUCGCUGAUGUGGCGGCGGAGCACGGAGUUCCGCGUGCCUUGCUGUGGAUUCAACCUUGUGCUGCGCUCUAUGCCAUAUACUAUCGCUUUUACAACAAGCUCAACUCUUUCCAAAUCCUGACGUGCCCGGACAUGCGAUUGGAAUUACCAGGGUUGCCAUCGUUAGGCAUGCAAGAUCUUCCAUCUUUUGUGCUUCCGAACGACCCUUUCGGUAGCAUUGAGAAGCUAUUGUAUGAGGCGUUUCAGGCCCUAAGCAUGAAUAAGUUCAAGUGGGUAUUGGCGAAUUCGUUCUAUGAGCUUGAAAGAGAUGUUAUAGACUCCAUGUCCGAGCUGUAUGCGAUACGACCAGUUGGUCCACUGGUUCCACCACUGUUGCUUGGUCAAGACCGAGAAGAUGAUGUUGGUAUUGGGAUGUGGAGAUCCGACGGGAGGUGCAUCGAGUGGUUGGAUCGACAAAGACACUCCUCGGUGAUUUAUGUGUCGUUUGGUAGCAUCCUCGCCCUUCCAGCUGAGCUGAUGGAGAAUAUAGCAACAGGCUUAAAGAACGCCAAACAUCCAUUUCUAUGGGUCGUGAAGCCUCCGGAAUGGUCUUCAAAAGAUGGGGAAGGACAACUUCCACAAGGUUUUCUAGACGAAACGAAAGAGCAAGGUCUGGUAGUGCCAUGGUGUCCACAACCAAGCGUCUUAUCUCAUCCGGCCAUCGCUUGCUUUGUCACUCAUUGUGGAUGGAACUCGAUCCUUGAAACUAUAUGUUCGGGUGUGCCAUUGAUAGCCUAUCCACAGUGGACUGACCAGCCGACGAAUGCGAAGCUUAUAGAGGAUGUGUUCAAGAUAGGGGUCAGGCUAAGAUCAGAUCGAAAACUGGGUAAAUGUAUUGAAGACAUCCUCGCUAGCCCUCAGUCUGAAGAAUUUAGGAACAACGCGGCAGCGUUAAAAGAGGUUGCUCGAAAAGUGGUGGGCCAUGGUGGCUCGUCGGACCGGAAUGUACAGUUGUUUGUGGAUGAGCUGAUUCAAAAUGCCUCAGUGUGA